AUUUGAGUUUGAAAAGAAAAGUGGCAAAAUUAUUAAAAAUAUCUUAAAUAUAAAAUAUCAAAAUUAAAAAGAAAAAAUAAAUGGCAAAGGCUGAGAUAUUUGACAUUCCAACCAAAAUAAUGAAAGAUUUUAAUGAUUUGUCACUUGAAGAACGCCUUGAAUUUCUCGAUUCUUUUGAUAUUGCAUUUUGUGACUGUGACGGUGUAAUAUGGAAAACAAUGCAAGAAACCAUACCAAACAUUGGAAAAUCUAUAGAAUUUUUAAGAGCAAAUAAUAAAAAAAUUAUUUUUGUAACUAACAAUAGUUUACGUACUUUUCCAGAUCAGAUUAGGAAAUUUGCUGAAAAUCAUAUUGACGUAAAUGAUGAUGAUAUUAUUCGGCCUUCUAAUGCGAUUGCUGCUUAUUUGAAUAAAAUUAAUUUUAAUGGUAUAGCUUAUGUAAUAUCUAAUUCACCAUUUCGUCAAGAUUUAGAGGAGGCUGGUAUUAACACUAUACAUGGGCCAAAUGGUGUUGUCGAGGAAAAUUUUGAAGAUUUAAGCAAACAUAUUUUCGAUAAAGAAAAAAUUGGAGCCGUAAUUAUUGAUAUUGAUUUUAAUUUAAGCGUAACAAAGUUGAUAAAAGCUCAUCUUUAUUUAAAAAAUGAAAAUUGUCUUUUUAUCGGAGGUGCAUUCGACACUGUUAUACCAUUUGGGAACACCGAUAUUGUGGGUCCUGGACCAUUCAUAAGUGUUGUUGAGAAAACAACUGGAAAAAAACCAAAAAUUUUUGGUAAACCUGGCCAUGAACUUGGUGAACUUCUUUUAGAGAUUUCAAAUGAUAUAUCACCAAAUCGUGUUUUAUUUAUUGGAGAUCAUUUAAAUUCAGAUAUUAAAUUUGCAAAUCAUUUAGGAUUUCAAACACUUUUAGUAUUUACUGGAGCAACAAAGCGUGAAAAUUUAUCUGAUUUAACGGAAAACGAUCGUAUACCAGAUUAUAUUGCUGAUACUUUAGUAGAUAUUAUAAUACCAUGAAAUCGAAUUAAUGUAAAUUGAUCCAUGUCAUAAUAUUAUUGAUAUUUUUAUUCUCAUUAUUCGAUAUGUUAAUUCGAUAUUUUAAUAAUGCAAUUAAUUAAAUUUUUUUUUGUAUUGUUUUAUUGCUUGCUAUAUUUUAUAUGUUGAGAUCUUAUUAAAAGAACUUCGCGAUAGUAUUUAUUUCAAACGCAUUGCUAUUCCUCGUAACACAUAUGCGAAAAAGGAUUUGAAAUGAUUUUUAACCAGUUAGGAAGAGCUAUAAGUUCACAAUAAUUUUUUUUUAUACAUAAUAGAAGACAUUUUUCUUAUUUCUUCUCUUUCUAUAAGCAAACUUUUUUCAUAAUGUAAAUUUAAGAAUAUACUAAAAUAAAACGCAACUGAUUGAAUAUACUGAA